GCUCCAGCUGUUCCGACCCACAUGCCAGGCCAGCGCGCAGCCCGCAGCAGCCCCGCUUAACGGGCGAGGCAGCGGGCAGAAGUUGGCAAGUCGCUGCUGGGGAAGGGCCGGCGGCUCCAGCGCUGGGGGGGCGGCGGCGGCGGCCUAUGAGGGACUCCCGGGCGCCGCAGGGACGGGCGAGCCAUGGACGGGGGUGGGGGUGUCUCCUCCUCGGCCCUGGAGAAGAACGUGGCGGAGCUGACGGUCAUGGACGUGUACGACAUCGCCUCGCUGGUGGGGCAGGAGUUCGAGCGGGUCAUUGACCAGCACGGCUGCGAGGCCAUCGCCCGCCUCAUGCCCAAGGUGGUGCGGGUGCUGGAGAUCCUGGAGGUGCUGGUGAGCCGCAAUCACAUCCACCCCGAAAUGGAGGAGCUGCGGCUGGAGCUGGAUCGGCUCCGGCUGGAGAGGAUGGACCGGAUCGAGAAGGAGAAGAAGCACCAGAAGGAAUUAGAACUGGUGGAGGAUGUAUGGAGAGGGGAAGCACAGGAUCUUCUUACCCAAAUUGCUCAGCUUCAGGAAGAGAACAAACAACUGAUGACAAACCUGUCACACAAAGACAUCAAUUUCACAGAAGAGGAAUUUCAGAAACAUGAAGGAAUGUCCGAGAGGGAGAGGCAAGUGAUGAAGAAGCUGAAGGAAGUGGUAGAUAAACAAAGAGAUGAGAUCAGAGCCAAGGACCGGGAACUGGGACUUAAAAAUGAGGAUGUGGAGGCACUGCAACAGCAACAGAACAGGCUAAUGAAAAUUAAUCAUGACCUUCGGCACAGAAUCACAGUAGUUGAGGCUCAAGGGAAAGCGCUGAUUGAGCAGAAAGUGGAACUGGAAGCCUAUCUGCAAACCAAGGAACAGGAGAUGGGCACUUUGAGGGUGGAGCUUGGGAAGCUGAGAGAGAAGCAACCAGGGGAGCACAGCCAAAAUGGAGAAGAAAUAAAGACAGAACCUAACAAUGAUGACUAUCUCUCUGAAUCGGAGAAAAUGGCUAUGGAUUUAAAAGAUCCAAACCGUCCAAGAUUUACUCUACAAGAGCUACGGGAUGUCUUGCAUGAGCGGAAUGAACUGAAGUCUAGAGUGUUUUUGUUGCAGGAGGAGCUUUUAUAUUAUAAGAGUGAGGAAACAGAAGAAGAAACUAGAUCCCCUCAACCUACACCCAUAAUUAAUUCAAAAACCUCAACUCAGCCAGAAUCUGGAAUCAAACGACUGUUUAGUUUCUUCUCUCGUGAUAAAAAACGCAUGCAGACGACCCAGAAAAACGUUCACUUCCAGGAUACUUUUGGCGAAUGGGCAGAUUCAAACAAAGAUGACUCCUACACUGAACAAGGCCAAGAGGCUCUUCAGCAUCUGUGAUUAACACUCCAAGCCGCGUUGCUUACCACAGUAGAUCUGAACAUUCUAGUAACAAGAAGCUUCCGUAACCAAAUCUGGCAGCUCAUCGUUUUUUAUUUGCCUGGCACACGUUGCCUGUUUCAGACGUACUUUUUCCAAAGGGAUUCCUCAAUGUUUACUUGGUGACUGCUCUCUGAAAACAGAAUCCAGGCUCUGUAGUAAGGGUUAUUUAUACUCUGGGGGUAUCAAAGCUUCUAGGUUGUGUGCUGAAUAACAAGUCUGUCUGACUCUUGCAUUUAACUACAGUAACACACGCUUCUUUAAACCAAAAAAACCCUGUGCCAUUAGAGGUUUAUUUGCAUUGAACUACAUCUAUUAGUAAAGACCCUGAUACCAUGUUUAUGUUAACUGGGGGGAGGGAAGGGGAAUUUUUCUUAGUUUUGUUAAUGACACUUUCAAAAAUAGAGAGGUUGCAGUGUAUACACUAUUUCCAGGGCAGGACCUACCACAGCUGUAUCCUGUCAAAGUCACAGGUUGCAGAGAAACUACUUGGAAUGUCAAUUGAUAACAGUACAGAAACUGGAGCAGCUGUGAGGAACUGUGAUUGUAUAUCCCCCCUUGUUGUUUAUAGUGCCUAAAGCAUGUAGAUACUGAUGUACAAGGUGAGUGUGCCUUGCCUUUUGCUCUGAGUUAUGCAGUAUUAGCAGCAAAUGAAUUGCUCACACAGAGGAAUUCUAAACACUCUGCAUUUUGUUUUCUUCUUUGUACAGUGCCCUUUUUCCUUCCACCCUCUCUCUCUCUGUAGUAGCAGACUUCUGCCGUACAGGAAAUAGAUCACUUUCCCACAAAAGGCUUCGAAAAAAGCCCCAGGCAGCACUUUUACAAGUUCUUAUUCCCUAGUUGAAAACCAUUUUAACACACCUAUAGUGGAGGUUUUAAGUCAGAUGUUACCGCCUUUGUUCUAGGUAGAAACAAUCCCAACCCCCAUCUCUCCUCCGCACCGCCCCAAAAUUCUGUUGGGACCAUAGGGAUAAUAGACUCUAAAACCUCCAUCAUGCAGGCUAUUCCUUAAGCUAACACACAUUAUACUGCAGGGGUGCUCUGUAUGGACCCAGGGAGAGAACUGUUCUGUUACAAUGGAGUUCAAGCCAUUCUAUGGGCUCAGCUGUACUAUCAAAAGAGUCAUGCUACCGCACAGUUCUGCCACAGGUGAGACACAGCUGCAUAUAUUUGCCUAUAGGCUUGUCUGCCCUAGAGUAACAUUCUUUUAUUUAAAAAAAUAUAUAUAUCCUAACAGGACCUGUAGCUGCUGCUGCCACCCUUUUAACAGCAUAGUGGUUGGACAGGAGCCCAUGCUAAACUACAGCAGCAAUCAACACCCUGCGUAUACUAAAGCUGCUGCUGCUGCCUCCAAACCCGCGAGGAAACGUGUCAGCAGAAAAUAAGCUUUAGAGAGUUUGUCAAACACUCUUCCUUAUUGUGACUGCAGACUUGUCUUCUGACCCUACAGACUGGUUUAAUACUACUGUUUGUGGAUUUUAAAAAAAAUCCCUAUACAUACAGGCCAGGGAAACUGUGCUAGAAUCCAUCUAUAAUUCAGCAGAGCUGGGAAACCUGUUUCAGCAUGGUUCAAAUGCUCUUCUGUUUUGUACUCUAAAUGGGAGCGAACUGUGCUAUGACCACGGGCCCUUUCCCCUCUGCAGGAUAAUGUCACUGUUCCCCACAUCGACCCCUGCCAGGGUUGGGCUUUUCAGUGAGGGGCCUGCAUGCACUCGCAGCUCUAAAUGAGGUCAAGGGCAGGCCUGCUCUGUAUCUUGUAUCCUUAUAACUACAUCACUCAGGAAUGUGAAGAAUCCACACUGCCGCGUAACACAGUCCUAGCAACCUAACUCCCCGUGGAGACAGCAGAGCUUCUCCCAUCGACAUUGCUGCUGCCUCUCGCAGAGAUGUACUAAUUACACCAAUGGGAGAAGCUCUCCUGUCGGUGUAGUAGCAUCUUCAGUGAAGCGCUACAGCUGCAGUGUUAAGUGCAGACCUACCCUGAUUUUGCAAAUUCCCAGUGAUGUCUCAUCCUGACACAUUCAAGUACAUAAUUCCUUAAGAACCCCUCAGAUUAGUUCUGUAGAACAAUUCCAAUAACUGGGUGGUUGGUUAUGCUUUAGCCUGUAAGGCCAUGUCCACACUGCAGCUGGGACCAAGUCUCCUAGCCCUGGUAGACAGACUUGUGCUGGCAGGGCUCAAACUGGUGCAGUAAAAAUAGCAGGGUGGCUUAUGCUGCUUGGGCGGCAGCUCAGGCAUUCAAGCGAAGCCAACCCUAGCUGCUGGGUAUGAACUGGAGUGACUAACCUGAGUCCCCACUGGAACUGCAAUGUCCAUGCUGCCAUUUUUAGCACACUAGCACAAGCCCCAGGAGCAUGAAUCUAUCUGGCCUGGCAGGCUCGCUCCCAGAGGCAGAGGGGGAGGGGUCUGGUACUUGAAACACAUCCCCAUUUGAGAUGCUGAUAGCAGCGUCCAACACUAGCAUUUUAUGAAGGCAGUGCAAUGAAAACAGAACCAGAUUUAGACACACUAACGUAACUUAUGACCUAUAUUUGUCAUCUUUUAAGAGAAGCCACACCUACAGAAAGUAUCUCCACUACCUAUUUAAAAUGUGGAUUGGGCAUACACUUUGUUUAUGCUUAGGCCCUUACACAAAAUGUGGGAACAAUAAUACUUUCCAAGUUUCUAGGAUAAGUUGGGAAAAUAAAUGUAAAUGAAAUCAGGAAGGUACUGCUAUUGUAUGAUGCAUUUAAGGUCUAUGAAAUCUGGAUAAUGACCCUUUAAUAUAUUACUCUCUAUCGUACUUUUGUUCCUCAGCUUCAAAAGGAAAAAAAGCAGCUUCCCAAACUGUUCGGAGUUCCCCCUAGUAGGGAAGUGCUAUAGGGUGGAGGCAGCACUUGCAUACGUUAUUUUGGACAAUUACGGCGAUAACACACCAGACCAUUGCUGCUCUUUAUAAACCAAGUUUGUACUGUAUCCUGCUGUGAAAUUCACUGUGAUGUUCCUGUAAAUCCUCUUUAUAGCACAGUUUGUCUGGCACUUUAACAGCACAAUAGCAACAUUAAGCACUGCAAGAAUGUAGUAGGUUUACAAACUGAACCAGCAAACCACUUUCAAAACUGUUUAAGAGCUGUGACCUGGGACAAUAACGAUACAUAAACUAAUACUUAGCUCUAUAUCUCAGUGCUGAUCUUAAAAGAGGAAGUUUCUAGCUCCGUGUGUCAAGCUAGCCCCACAGUCUGGACACCACUGCACUACUAUUGGGCCAAAGCUGCAGCCCAUCUGAAACAAUGUCACUAAGCAGUUUGAACGUCCCCCAUUCAUCUCUGUGGGCUGCUACCUUGAAAAUCUAAUUACUACUGAAACAUAACAUUAACCAUUUCAUUCCUGACUCCACAAACAGUAAGAACAUAAGAUUUGCUACAGCAAUUCAGACCAAUGGUCCAUCUAGCCCAGUAUCCUGUCUUCCAGCAGGGGCCAGUGCCAGAUGCUUCAGAGGGAAUGAACAGAACAAGGCAAUUUAUCAGGUAAUCCGUCCCCCGUUGGCCAGUCCCAGCUUCUGGCAGUCAGACAUUUAGGGACAGCCAGAGCAUGGAGUUGCAUCCCUGACCAUCUUGGAUAAGAGCCAUUGAUAGGCCCAUCCUCCAUGAACAUAUCCAAUUCUUUUUUGAACCCUGUUAUACUUUUGGCAGUCAAAACAUCCCAUGACAACGAGUUCUAUAUGUUGACUGUGUGUUGUGUGAAGCACUACUUCCUUGUUUGUUUUAAACCUACUAAUUUCAUUGGGUGACCUCUGCUUCUUUGUUAUGUGCAAAAGUAUAUAACACUUCCUUAUUCACUUUCUUCAUCACUCAUGAUUUUACAGACCUCUAUCAUAUCCCUACUUAGUCAUCUCUUUUCUAAGAUGAAGAGUCCCAGUGCUUUUAAUCUCUCUUCAUGUGGAAGCUGUUCUAUACCCCUAAUCAUUUUUGUUGCCCUUUUUGUACUUUUCCCAACUCUAAUAUAUCUUUUUUUGAGAUGGGACAACCAGAACUGCACAUGGCAUUUAAGGUGUGGGUGUUCCAUGGAUUUCUAUAAUGGCAUUAUGAUCUUUUUGAUCUUAUCACUUUCCUAAUGGUUCUUAGCUUUUUGUUUUUGAUCGCCACUGCACAUUGACUGGAUGUUUUCAGAGAACUAUCCAUAACGACUUCAAGAACUUUUUCUUGGGUGAUAACAGCUAAUUUAGACCCCCACGAGAUUGUGUGCAUUAAUUUGCAUUUAUUAACAUGUAAUUUCAUCUGCCAUUUUGUGGUCUAGUGACCCAGUUUAGUGAGAGCCCUUUGUAACUCUUUGCAGUCAGUUUUGGACUUCAUUAUUUUGAAUAGUUUUGUAUAAUCUGCAAACUUUUCCACUUCACUGAUUACCCACUUUUCCAGGUCAUUUAUGAAUAUGAUGAAAAGCACUGGUCCCGGUACAGAUCCCUGAGGGACCACACUAUUUACCUCUCUCCCUUCUGAAAACUGACCAUUUAUUCCUACCCUUUGUUUCCUAUCUUUUAACCUGUUAGUGAUCAAUGAAAGGACCCUCACUCUUAUCCCAUGACUGCUUACUUUGCUUAAGACCCUUUGGUGUGGGACCUGUUUGGUCAAAGGCUUUCUGAAAGUCCAGGUACACUAUAUCAACUAGAGCACCCUGGUACACAUGCUUGUAGACCACCUCAAAGAAUUCUAAUAGACUAGUGAGGCAUGAUUUCCUUUUACAAAGGCAGCGUUGACUCUUCCCCAACAUACUGUGUUAUCUAUGUGUGGUAAUUCUGUUCUUUACUAUCGUUUCAGCCAGUGUGCCUAGUACUGAAGUUUGGCUUACUGGCCUACAAUUUCCAGGAUUGUCUCUGGAGCCUUUUUUAAAAAUUAGUGUCACAUUACCUAUCUACCAGUCAUCUGGCACAAAGGCUGAUUUAAGCAAUAGGUUACAUACCACAGCUAGAAGUUCUGCCAUUUCAUAUCUGAGUUCCUUCAGAACACUUGGGUGAUUACCAUCUAGUCCUGGCCAUUUAUUACUGUUUAAUUUAUCAACUUGUUCCAAAACCUCAACCUUUGACACCUAAAUCUGAGAUGGUUCCUCAGAUUUGUCACCUAAAGAUAAGGGCUCAGCUGUGGAAUCUUCCUUACAUCCUCUGUAGCGAAAACUGAUGCAAAGAAUUCAUUUAGCUUCUCCGCAAGGGCCUUGUCUUGAGUGCUCCUUUAUCAUCUCAAUCCUACAGUGGCCCCACUGCUUGUUUGGCAGGCUUCCUGCUUCUCAUGCUUUCAGCUAACGCCCUCAGAUGGAGCAGUCCUCUGAAAGGAUGUUGCUGGGGGAAGAGCUACUCUCUUUGAAUAGACAGAGAGUUGAAUAUCUACCAUGUAGCUUCUUGACAGAUUCAAGUAAAUGCUCUUCUUUUAAAAGUCAGCUAAGAGGCUCAGCAGUCCUGUAUUCACUGUGCAGAAUCUUUUGAGGUUUCUUUGGUCCAAAAGUAAAUCUUAAUAAUCUAAUAAAUAUUUCUGACGGA